AAAUACUGGUAGUUGCACGUUUACAGUAACUGUUACAGAUAGCGAAGAUCCUGUAUUGAUAUGUCCACCUGACAGUAAUUUAUCAAUUGACGGAGGAAUGUCGACAGCUACUGUCACAUAUAAUGCUUCGGAUGUUACAGUAACUGACAACUCAGGGGAAUCUCUUGUUCCAAUUACCACAACAUCAUUUCCAGCUGAAUUUGUUCUUGGACCAACCAAUGUAACGUAUACAGCUACCGAUUCUUCUGGAAAUACUGGUAGUUGCACGUUUACAGUAACUGUUACAGAUAGCGAAGAUCCUGUAUUGAUAUGUCCACCUGACAGUAGUUUAGCAAUUGAUGGAGGAAUGUCGACAGCUACUGUCACAUAUAAUGCUUCGGAUGUUACAGUAACUGACAACUCAGGGGAAUCUCUUGUUCCAAUUACCACAACAUCAUUUCCAGCUGAAUUUGUGAUUGGACCAACCAAUGUAACGUAUACAGCUACCGAUUCUUCUGGAAAUACUGGUAGUUGCACGUUUACAGUAACUGUUACAGAUAGCGAAGAUCCUGUAUUGACAUGUCCACCUGACAGCAGUUUAUCAACUGACAGAGGAAUGUCGACAGCUACUGUCACAUAUAAUGCUUCGGAUGUUACAGUAACUGACAACUCAGGGGAAACUCUUGUUCCAACUACCACAACAUCAUUUCCAGCUGAAUUUGUUAUUGGACCAACCAAUGUAACGUAUACAGCUACCGAUUCUUCUGAAAAUACUGGUAGUUGCAUGUUUACAGUAACGGUUACAGAUAGCGAAGAUCCUGUAUUGACAUGUCCACCUGACAGCAGUUUAUCAACUGACGGAGGAAUGUCGACAGCUACUGUCACAUAUAUUGCUUCAGAUGUUACUGUUACUGACAACUCAGGGGAAUCUCUUGUUCCAAUUACCACAAUAUCAUUUCCUGUUGAAUUUGUGCUUGGACCAACCAAUGUAACGUAUACAGCUACCGAUUCUUCAGGAAAUACUGGUAGUUGCACGUUUACAGUAACUGUUACAG